UCUUCGCUUCUAUCGCAUCCGGCCCGACGCCUUGUUCCCUGUCUCGGAAACCUGCCUGACGGAAUCCUCUCUCGGCACGACGCGCUCCAGGAGAGGCAGCUGAGACAAACCCCUCCCGCGAUCACCACCGCCAUCGACCACGUCAACUUCACUUCAGUCAAUGUCCACCUGACGUAUCACAAUUACAAGAUGGCAAUGCUGGCCCCCAAAACCGCAUUCCCGGCACCGCUGGGCUCCAGCAAUCCCAUGGUUUCUAGCGUUUCUACCGGUGCCGCACCGCCCUCAAGACGGGCACCCACGAUCUCGAACCAGUCCACAGCCUACGCCAGCCCGACCGAAUCCGAAUUCUCCGAGAGCGAUGGCCCCGAUGCCGUCAAGAACUGGGACGAGGACAAGGUCUGCGACUAUUUGAGGAGCGUCAAAUGCGGCGAGUACGAGAAGCUCUUCCGUAAGAACCACAUCAAUGGCGAGAACCUCCUCGAGCUCGACAAGGAUGUCCUCAAGGAGAUGGGCAUCGAAAAGGUCGGCGACCGCGUGCGACUGUUCCUGGGCAUUAAGAAGUUGAGGACAAAGGCCUACGCCAACCAGAAGAAACGGAAUAGGGACUCGUUCGGUGGCCUCGACCAAUUCACCCCGUCGUCGGGCGGGUCUUCUCGACCAUCUGCUUCAAGUGCUCGUACCGCGCCCACGCCUUCCAUGAACAAGCGCUACUCCAGACAAUACGACUCCCUUCCCCUGGAGAGCGCUUCUUCCCGUCCCAACUCACCCCUUCCCGGCACGGAUGCCAUCCGCCCUCUGCGAACAAGAUAUGGCCAAAGUCCCGGCUAUGUGAGUAGCGCCGGGCAAUCCGUCCCCCAGACCGGCCGAUUGGUAACUUCCCAUACCAGGAAUAACUCCAGUAUGGAUGGUUCACUGAUGGCUGGCUUACCGCAGAAUCAGGAUGUUAUCCGCGUCAUUUCCACCGGAGGAGUCACAAAGGUCGUCAAAAUCGCCGACUGCAACACGUGUGAGGAGGUCAUGCGAGUCACCCUUAGGAAGUUUGCACUACGAGAGGAUCAUGAGAGGAACUACUGCUUCUGGGUACUGGCCGGCAUUGAGCCAGACCCGAACCAGUGCCGGCGACUCGGCGAUACGGAGUUGUGGCGGAUUAUCAAGGACCAGAAACGUCCUGAACGGAAUCGCCUGAUUCUUCGCCGUGUCCCUGCUGGUGAGCCAGGCAUGCCCGAGCUCGAGAGAGCAGCGGGCAUCGCCAUUGAGGAGGCGCAGCAAAAUCACAGCCGCGCCCUCGAGACUGUGGAUAAGAGAAGCCAGAUGAAGGUGCAAAAGCUUCUGGGUGAGAGAUGGAACGAUGAGCUGCAACAUCCUCUUUCACCGGUCUCUUUCCACGACCGGGAGCGCAACGUGUACAAUACCGCCAAGGAGCUGGAGCGCCCCGCAUCCAACGACGGCCCAAGAUCUGCCGGCGGACCCAGGAGGAAUAAGGGCAUCUUGCGGUCGUUUGGCGGGUUGCGUCCUCCCAGCGAGCUCAUCGCCUCGGACCUCACAUCCUACUUCCCGGAUCAUCCCAGAGAGGAGAUUGACAGGACCGCUCGUCUGUCCAUGAGAAGAUCAACCCGUCUGAGCAAGGUCAACAGCCGUCUGAGUGUGGCUAGCAACCUCAGCUUCGCGUCUAGCAUCCAAGAUGCACCCCCUAUUCCGACCAUCGCUGACAGCUGGCUCCACGCCGGUAGUGCUCCCAAGGCGCGAUCAGGCCUGCGGGUCACCCACUUCCGCGACUCCGUCGCCUCUUCAAUGCUCGACACCUUGCAAGAGGAGUCGCCUGUCGAACCGAACCGCAAGUCCUACGUGUCAUUCGCCGACAGCUCCGACGGUGCUAGUGCAGCCGCUCUCAGCGUGACGGACCCCGAAGGUAACGUUACGCGGCGAAGCUACUUCGAGACCGACGGCUCAACGGGUUCAGGUUCCCUCAAAGAUCUUACGGCGGCGCUCAAUGAAGACGGCGAGGACGCCGACGAGGAGCUCGAGAGCUUCCUCGCAGGAGAGUCCUGGUCUGACGACAAGUGGAUGAAGGGAGCCCUCAUCGGUCAAGGCUCCUUCGGUUGUGUCUACCUCGCCCUGCAUGCCGUGACCGGUGAGCUUCUUGCCGUCAAGCAGGUCGAGGCGCCAGCUCCGGGCGCCAACAGCCAAAACGACGCACGCAAGAAGAGCAUGAUCGAGGCCCUUAAGCGGGAAAUCAGUCUGCUCCGCGACCUUCGACACCCGAAUAUCGUUCAGUAUCUGGGUUGCAGUUCGUCUACCGAGUACCUCAACAUUUUCCUCGAGUACGUUCCUGGCGGUUCCGUCCAGACCAUGCUCAACUCGUACGGCGCUCUUGGAGAGCCUCUUGUGCGCAGCUUUGUCCGCCAGAUUUUGACUGGUCUGUCGUAUUUGCACGAUCGCGAGAUUAUCCACCGAGACAUCAAGGGCGCCAACAUCCUUGUGGACAACAAGGGCACUAUCAAGAUUUCCGAUUUCGGUAUCUCCAAGAAGCUUGAAGCCACCAACAUCCUGUCCGGCGCGAACAACAACAAGCACCGCCCCUCCCUCCAGGGCUCCGUCUUCUGGAUGGCCCCUGAGGUUGUCAAGCAGACCUCGUACACCCGCAAGGCCGACAUUUGGUCGCUCGGAUGCCUGGUUGUUGAGAUGAUGACAGGCACACAUCCGUACCCCGACUGCAGUCAGCUGCAGGCCAUCUUCAAGAUUGGUGGCGGUAAGGCGGCUCCCACGAUUCCGGAGCACGCUUCUGAAGAUGCCAAGACCUUCCUUGCUCAGACCUUUGAGAUGGAUCACAACCUGCGGCCGAGUGCGGACGAGCUGAUGCUCAGCCCUUUCCUGGCUCCCAUCACAUAG